AUGAAUUUUGGCUCCAAAAGCAAGAAGCGGAUGGUUCUGCCAUCCAGACCGGUGUUCCGGGAAACUGAAUUCACCGGAACACCGGAUCCGCCGACCGUGGAGCAGAUCAUGGAGGACGUGAACCGAGUCUGUCCCGGCGAUCUGGUGUUCACUGUUUCACACGAUUCUGCUGAAGAUCUGAAAGCCAGUUCCAGCAGCAGCGAAGUGGAGGCGAGAUACCUGCAGAGCAGACGCUACAUAGAGCUGCAUGAGCGAUUGCAAGAGGAACGUGGCAGUCUCGCACGGUGGAGAGACGAGCUGCAGGCGGCUGGAGAGUCUUUGGAGCACAGCGUGAUGGAGGUGAAGAGGAUGUGACAACUCGCCUGUAGCUUUCGAACUCGAGCUCAUUCAGUAGCUGAUGACUGAGCAUGGCACUUGAUUUCCAUGGAAGCGCCUUUCCUCUAGCUAAGCUGCUGUUAGCAUUUAGGUUCAAUGUCAUCAUAACACCUCUCUAAAUGUGCCACUUGGACACUUUUUACAUUUUUAAUUUAUGUUUGUGAUAUUUCUGGCUGAU